GAGGCUCCUUGCUUCCGCUUCUUUCUCAGAUAAGUCGCAGGCUGAAGACAGACGAAGGGCCGCAGCCAAAGAACCGCGAGGGGGUUCACAAAUAAUAGAGAAAAAUGAAGCUUCUGUUUUUAAUGAUCUCCAUCUGCCUAUUUUCUGAAAGCAUGACUUGUUUAUUAAGCAACACCAGUUACGGCCACCAAAGAACAUUUGAGGAUAUUGCAAGAGAAAUAGCCAAUUAUUCGGACGUUGCUGAGAAGAUUAUCAAACUUGCGGUUUAUGGCAAGGCCCAGAACAGAUCUUACGAAAGGCUUGCGCUGUUUGUGGACACUUUUGGACCACGAUUGAGUGGUUCUAGAAAUCUAGAACAGGCUAUCCAGUACAUGGAGAACGCUUUGAGGAAAGAUGGCUUAGGAAAUGUCCACCUGGAGCCAGUAAAAAUACCCCACUGGGAAAGGGGUGAAGAGAAUGCAAUGAUGGUUGAACCAUACAAUCAUACCAUUGCCAUGUUGGGGCUUGGUGGGAGCGUUGCAACCCCUCCGGAAGGUAUUACAGCAGAAGUGUUGGUGGUAAGUUCUUUUGAUGAACUACACAAGAAAGCCCAUGAAGCCCGUGGAAAGAUUAUUGUUUACAACCAGCGUUACACCAAUUAUGGUAAAACAGUGCUCUACCGACUUCGUGGAGCAGUGGAAGCUGCUAAACUGGGCGCAAAAGCUUCUCUUAUCAGGAGUAUUGCACCAUUUUCUAUCAAUAGCCCACAUACUGGAAUGCAAGCAUAUGACUCAGAUGUGCCUAAGAUUCCUACCGCCUGUAUUUCCAUUGAAGAUGCAGAACUGAUGGCCCGAUUGUUUUCCCGGGGUACUAAAAUAGUUGUAACUCUGAAAAUGGGAGCCAAAACAUAUCCUGAUGCUGAUUCCUUUAACACAGUUGCUGAAAUAACAGGCAGUAAAUACCCUGAGCAGGGCUGUUUAAGCAAUACCGAUGCAGCCCAUAAAGAAACAGCAAGCUGA